AUGAGAGGCGAUUUCCCAACUGUGGAGUCCGAUCUUUAUAGUCUGUGUGCUGUAAUAUGGGAGAUGUUUGAAGGUGAUGUGCCAUUCAGCCUCAUCAGUGUGGAAGACAUCAGGACCAGAGUGCUGCAGAAUGAAACAAUGCUAACAAUUGAUGAGAUAAAAAUUCCGCAACCAUUCCUCACCAUAUUGCAGUAUGGACUUCAACACAAUAUACAUUCUAGAAGUAAAAUGAGUCUGGUAGAAAUGAGAGAUCUAAUUCUGCAUUCAAACGAAACAUCAAUAAAGACUACUGGUAGUCCUGCAAAGAAAUAUCAGCAAUCAAAGAAACCAGAGUUUGAAAGUGAAAGCAGUGAUGGUUCACAUUAUGAAGAUCGUUUCAAGUCGAUGGAACCAUCUCAAGAAUUCAAAUAUCAACAAGGGGUCAGAACUCAACAAUUUGAGGUCAAAGGUCAGCAGAGAGCCAGGAGUCAACAACAAGAGUUCAGAGGUCAAGGAAGGAACAGAGAUGAAGUUGAUGUAAAUGAAGGAACAUAUCUUACAAACACAGGAAUGAAACGGGACCCAUUGCCACGAAGCUCGUUGAAGCAAAAUAAACAGAGAGAUCAACCUGUUCAAUCUUUAGCAGGACCUUAUGACAGACGAGGAGGUUAUGAUGAAGUUGAUGGUACAUAUAGUCAAGAGACUCGCCUCAAACAACAGGCAAAGACAUCAUCUCAUCAUGACAGUGAUAGUGACCUGGAUGAAUACAACUACAAAGACCAGACAGCUGAGAGAAAACGUCAAGUGUUCCGCUCAAAAGGGCCUUAUAAAUCAGCUCAGAAUUUGCAUCAACAAAGGAAACCCUACCAAGCCUAUGAUGACAUUGAUAUGGUCGUGCCAACAAAACAAAAUCGAGAAUACAUCACUGAACAGUACCUGAGCCAGGUGACAUCAAGUAAACCACCUGCACUGAGAAGCAAUGGUCCAAGUAGAGGCUACCAAUACAAGCAUAGUAGAACUAGAUCAGCCGGAAGUGGGCGCAAUGGAGAAGUUCUCAACUCAAGCAUAACUUCUAGAACAUCAGGGGCCAGUAAUGGUUUCCAUGGCAGCAGGACAACCUUAAACAGAACUUCUAGCAGCUAUCUGAACUUGAAUUCAAGCUUGAAAGGGCAAAAUACCGGGGCAGGAAUAUGUAAACCUGCUAGUCAUUUUGUUCCCAGUACUAAGAAUUCACCCAUUCAGAAUGUUGACCCAAAUAGUGGGCCAAAUUCUCUGGAACGAAGAGACUCCUGGUUUGGUGAUCAAGGAUAUGAGGUCCCCUCUGCUCCUUCAUUGGAUGAGCCUGACUCAGGGAGAUUCAAAUCUGGUGUUAAUAUUACAUACCAGCAGAAGAGAAGUCCUACCCAAGAGCCUGAAGAAGAUUGGUUUGCAGGACAUGGCAGUGUACGAAACCUUGCAUCUAACUUCCAAAAUCAUGCAAAAACACACACAUUCCAACAAACAGUAUUACGCAAUAGGAGUAGUAUUCGUUGUAUGCCCCAUCUACAAGAAGCGGAUAACCUGCCUCCCAAGACCUUCGCUGUCGUACCUAAUGCUCCCCAGUACCGGCAACUCAAUAAUGAUGAGAGCCAACAGUCCUCUAUAUCACCUGCAGACAGUAUGCCUGACAACAUCAAACCAUCAGUUAGGGCCAAAGAUGCACAGUUCAGUAGCACCCCUCAACAUCAAUCAAGGCUCCCUAUGUUAGACAAGACAAAACACCCCAUGGAGCAGCUGAAACUAGACCCAGUGGAUUCCCUGGAUGAAAUUGUGACACAAAAUAUGUCUGUUAAACCAAAGGGGGAGCUUGGAAAAGGGGUUGAUAAUGUCGACAGCCAUAUGGUGAAGUCCCCAAACAAAUUUGAAUCAAACAAUGAUACGUUUAGGACAGCCCUGGAAUCCAGUAAUUCAAACAACUCCAGCUCAGGGGAAAAUGUGGAUAGGAUAAACAGACUUCUUAGUCAGGCAGAUAAACAAAUUGCAGGAAUGAACAUUGGCAAUGGAAAGCAUGCUGUUGAUGAUGACUCUUACUUUGAUGAUGAGCUAAAUCCUAAUGCAGAACAAGCAAGACAUAUGAGACUUCAGCAAACCAUGGCACUAGAUCCUGACUCUAACAUGACUCCUGAAAGGGACCUUGAAGGAAGAAACUUUGAGCCUAAAGCCUCCAACUAUGAGUCCAGAAAUGUGACCUUUGACCCCAAGAAUAUGACAUAUGACCCCAGUCAAGCUGAGAGCACUAUUCGCUACAUAGAUGGCACUGCGGGUGAAAGUUUAUUUCAAGUGUCUGCCUUGGGGAAUACAAAUGAGUAUAUGACUCCAUUCACUCCUUACACCCCUGGAAACAGGCCAGCUAUGAGGAAUAACCUGCAACAGAUGACACAUGUAACUCCCCAGUCUGAUCAGACAUAUUGUGAGCAAUCUGUCAAGCAAGUUGAGGUAUUAGGUGAGUCUGGUUACAGUACAGAACUAAAGGUGGCGUCAUCUUCCACCAAUGGAGGUCAGCAUGACAUUCUCCAUACACGCACUGACCUUGAGAAUGGGAAGACAGAGAUUAUAUAUGAGGAAACUGUUCAUGCUCCUGUUGUAAAGACCAAAAUGAUUGUGGAGCAACCUUCCAGUUCAGAGACUGAAUCAGAGUAGACACCAUAGAUAUUGGUUUGACUUUGAAUAAAAGCUGAAUCUGAGAGCAGCUUAUGAAUAGAGGCUGAUUCUGAGAAGACUUAAUGAAUUAAGACAGAAUCUGAGAGCAGCUUAUGAAUACAGACUGAUUGUGUGUACAACCCUUGAAUAGAGUUUAUCUGCCUACAACCCUUGAGAAGUGACUGAAUCUUAACAGAAUCUGCAAGGCAUGAGUUAAAUCUGCUUAUGAGCACCAGCCAUAAAUAGAGACUGAAUCUAGCUACAACUCUUUUAUGUACAAGUUUUACAUGUAGGUUCAGUUUCAUGUUAAUGUCUGCAAUUCCAGAGUCAUAUUACAUUGUAAAUACAUUAAAUUUUUGUGUAUAAAUUUAUUGAAGAAAAUCUAUAGCUUGGAUGCUUUAUUGUUAUUUAGAUUUUUCACACACCCAAAUUAUUUGUGUGCAAAAGAAAUGGAUUUUGAAUAUCCUAAAUGAAUAUCUUCAAAACUAUUAGGCCUAUUUAUAAUGAUACUGUUUUAAAUGUAGCACAUUAGGCUAAUAAAGCGUGUUAAACUUAA